AUGGCGACCUCGGAGAGUUUGUUUCGAUGCGAGAACAUGUACCACGUCGGUGCGUAUCGAGACGCCGUGGACGCGGCGCGCGCGUGCGACGUGGACGGUGAUCUCUCGCCCGCGGAGUGUGAAAAACGAGAAUCCUUGCGCCUGCGCGCGCGCUUGGCGCUCGGGGAGAUCGACGACGUGAUCGCGAGCGUGGAGGCGAUGGGGACGAACGCGGGACCGGGAGCGCGAUCGUGUAAAGUUCUCGCGAUGUACGAGCGCGCGGUGCGAACGGGGGACGAGAGUGGGAGAAAUGCGCUGUGUGAAGACGCGCUCGCGUCGUUGGAGGAGACGAGCGGGACGAUGGACGCGUGGACCAGGGCGUCGAACGCGACGGUGCUGGCGAGAGAGGGACGAUACGCGGAGGCGUUGCGGUUGUGUCACGGCUCGAGUGAUCUGGAGGUUAUGGCGGUGGCGGUGAGCGUUUUAUGCGCCAUGGACCGACCGGAGUUGGCGGAGAAGCACGCGCGCGCGAUGCAGCAGGUGGACGACGACUCCACGGUGGCGCAACUCGCGAGCGCGUGGGCAUCUCUGGCGAGCGGUGGGAAGAAGAUUCAAGACGCGUCGUACAUCUAUCAAGAGCUUGGAGACAAGUACGCGUGGACGCCCAAGCUGUACAACGCCUCCGCCGUGUGCUCGAUGAUGAUGGGAUCGUACGACGACGCCGAGCGCGAUCUCACCGAAGCCGUCGCGAUGGAUCCGAAGAACCCCGAGACUUUGGCCAAUCUCGCCACGUGCGCGCUCCAUCUGGGGAAACCGAGCGGGCGAUUCAUCAACGCCAUUCGUACCCUCGAAAUCCCGAGCGAAAGUCUCACCCGAGUCGACGAUCUCGAGGCGUAUUUUGACCGCGCGAGCGCCGCCGCGGAUGUUUAG